AUGGCAGGAGCUAGUCAAAAGAAAUUAGCAGUCAAAAAUAAAUCAAUACUAGACCAAUUACUAUACAUCUCAAUAGGGGUAAACACCUUAACUUUAUUCACAUUAUUCUAUUUCAAAAGACCAACAAGUAAAAUCCCAUAUAUUAUUUUUCAAAUCCCAAGUAUAGUAUUACAAUAUUUAUUAGAACAGAAUGGUAGACCAAAAUAUUUAGGUGACAAAAUGAUCAAAUCAGGUGAUGAUAUUUUACAAAAAGGAAGUUUAUUUCAAUAUUGUUUUGAUAUUAUUUAUUUAACUUGGUUUUUUGACAUUUUAAUGAUUGUUUUUGGUUCAAAUAAAGUUUGGAUCUUAUACUUGAUUAUUCCAGGUUAUAUAACUUACAAAUUAAGUGGGUUUAUAAUACCUUUCUUCAAGAAAUCGAAGCCUUCUGUUGUUGAUAAUGACAUUGACAAUAAAGAAAAAGAUUCUAAUACUGGUUUAAGUAAACGUCAACAAAAAUUAAAAGCCAGACAAGAGAAAGGUCCAGCUGUUAAAUAUAGAUAG